AUGCUACUAUCGGACCGGAGCGAAUAUAGACGAAGCAAGAAUCGAGCUCCACACGUUCGUGGAUACUCUAGGUUCGAAAAGAACGGAUGUGUUCGCUGCGCGCUGGUUGGAAGUAAAACAAGGGUUGCACCACUCAAGUUUGUGUCCAUUCCUCGCUUAGAGCUGCAAGCGGCAGUCAUAGCUUUCCGAGUGGGCGACAUACUGGAAGCGACGGAUGUUAAUGAAUGGAGAUGGUUGAGCAGUAAAGUAAACGUAGCUGACGAUGGUACAAAGUGGAAGAGUAAUCCUGAUUUAUCAUCGGGAAGCCGAUGGUUCAAUGGACCAUCUUUCUUGUGGAAGUCCAAAGAUGAAUGGCCGAAGUCUACAUUGAAUGGCGCGGAAACCUCCGAAGAAAUCCGAACGAAUAUCUUACACCACACAAAUGGAACAGUUAGUACCAUUCUAUUACCGCAAAACUUCUCUUCGUGGUAUCAUCUGCGACGUGUGACUGCAUUCGUGUACCGUUUCGUGGAUAACAUUCGUCUGAAAAAGAGUGAUCAACAACCCAAUAUCGGGCCUCUCACUCAGGAAGAACUUCUGCGGGCAGAGAUUUUCCAAAUCAAGCGAGCACAGCAAGACGUCUAUGCACAUGAAAUAGCUAUCAUUGCAGGCGGAGACUGCCUUCUUGAUAAAAAGAGCACCUUUUUUAAAGUUAGCCCGUUUGUUGAUGAGCAAGGAGUCAUGCGGAUUCACAGUCGGAUGGAUGAAUGCGAUUUCACGGACGAGAGCAAUAGAUAUCCUAUCGUACUUCCUCGAGACCAUCCCUUCACAUCACUCAUAGUACGCGAUGUAAAUUUGCGUUUUCAUCACCAAUAUCACGAGACCUGUGUAAAUGAGGUGCGGAAAAGGUUUCAUAUUCCUCGAGUUCGUACUGUUUGCACCCGCGUUCGCCGUGAGUGCCAAAUCUGCAAACUACAACGUGCUGUUCCCGCUCCACCAGCGAUGGCCUCCCUACCGAAGGCUAGAUUGGCAGCAUUUGUUCGACCAUUUUCAUAUGUAGGCGUUGACUUCUUCGGGCCCUUUCUCGUCGUCAUAGGCCGUCGCCAUGAAAAGCGCUGGGGUGUCAUCGUAACAUGUCUUACAAUCAGGGCGAUACACCUUGAGCUAGCUACUUCGUGCAUCCUGGCUCUGCGCAACUGUUUUGCUCGACGAGGGACUCCAAUCGAGAUAAUCAGUGAUCGGGGAACGAACUUCGUGGGAGCGAACAAGGAGUUGAAGGAAGCAAUGGCGGCUUUGGACCAGGAAAGACUCAUGACGGAAUUCACUACACCAAGAACUUCAUGGCGCUUCAACCCUUCUGCAGCUCCACAUAUGGUUGGUUUUUGGGAGCGUCUCAUCCAAUCAGUGAAAAAAGUCCUAACCAAAGUCAAACCGGAGCGAGUACCUACAGAAGAGCUGUUGAGAAGUUACCUGAUUGAAGUAGAGAACAUAAUCAACAGUCGGCCGCUGACGCAUGUUCCUGUGGAUGAUUGUUCUUCACAGGCGCUUACCCCCAACCAUUUUAUUUUGGGAACAUCGGAUGGAUCGGAACCGCUGGGUUUUAUACAACAAUUGUCCACUGAAGCUUCAGCAUACCUGGAAGGCAUCCCAAGCUCUCGCUAA